UUGAGCCACUGACUGCUGGUGUGGAGAUUAGUCUUCCCCUGUCUGUGGACUUUAGCUGGGUCUCUUCAACAGUGAAAAGGCUUCACCACCUGUGUGGAAGAAGGAUUUCACAGCAUGGCGUUAAACCUCACCAUCAACACAAGCAAUGUGCCUCUAGGGGCGCUCCUGGCAGCAGAGCAUGUGAAGGGCAGUGUGCAGUUAUCAGUGGAGGAAGGCAAAGACACCCGCCUUCACGUCUCAGAUGCAAUCCAGUUCAACGAUGCCAACUCCAUCAGUCGGUACUUGGCUCGAGUGGCCCCUGCUCUUGGCCUCUAUGGAGCCAACAUGAUGGAGCAAACUGAGGUCGACCACUGGUUGGAGUUCAGUGCUCGGCGUCUGUGUGGUCAGCCUGGCUUGACCGAGGCGCUGGGUGAACUGGAUCUGGCCCUUUCCCUGCGGACCUUCCUGGUUGGACACGCUCUCACCCUGGCUGAUCUGUCCGUCUGGGCCGCCCUCAAAGGUCAUGAGGAAUGGCCAAGCCAGGGCAAAUCCUUCUCCCAUGUCAAUCGCUGGUUCUCUUUCCUGAGCUCCCAGGUUCCCUUCACUUCUGUGGGCAACAAGUAUACCAGUAAGAAAGCUCCAAUGAACAAAUCCAAUUCGAAUGAGAAGAAGCAGGAUGUUGGAAAGUUUGUGGAGCUGCCAGGAGCUGAGAUGGGCAAGGUGGUGGUUCGAUUCCCUCCCGAGGCCAGUGGAUACUUGCACAUUGGCCAUGCUAAGGCUGCUCUGCUCAACCAGCACUACCAGGUCACAUUUAAAGGCAAGCUCAUCAUGCGCUUCGACGACACCAACCCCGAGAAGGAAAAGGAGGACUUUGAGAAGGUUAUCCUGGAAGAUGUUGCCAUGCUCCAGAUUAAUCCAGACCAGUUCACCUACACCAGCGACCAUUUUCCCACCAUAAUGCGCUUUGCUGAACAGCUGCUUACCGAGGGCAAGGCCUACAUUGACAACACUCCUCCUGAGCAGAUGAAGCAGGAGAGGGAGCAGCGCGUUGAGUCCAAAUGCAGAAAUAACACGGUGGAACAGAACAUGAAGAUGUGGUCGGAGAUGAAAGCUGGAACAGAGUACGGUCAGACCUGCUGCAUGAGGGCAAAGAUUGACAUGAAGUCCAACAACGGCUGUUUGAGAGACCCCACAUUCUAUCGCUGCAAGAACGCUAGCCACCCCCGCACUGGUAGCACCUACAGAGUCUACCCGACAUACGACUUUGCCUGCCCCAUCGUGGACAGCUUGGAGGGUGUGACCCAUGCUCUUAGGACCACCGAGUACCACGACCGUGAUGAGCAGUUCUAUUGGGUAAUCGAUGCCCUGCGCCUCAGGAAACCCUACAUCUGGGAGUAUGCCAGACUCAACCUCAAUAACACAGUGCUGUCCAAGAGGAAACUCACAUGGUUUGUCGACCAGGGAUACGUUGAUGGAUGGGAUGACCCUCGCUUCCCCACUGUCAGAGGAGUCCUGAGGAGAGGAAUGACUGUGGAGGGUCUAAAACAGUUCAUAGCAGCCCAGGGAGGAUCAAGGUCUGUGGUGAACAUGGAGUGGGACAAGAUCUGGGCCUUCAAUAAGAAGCUGCCAAUUAGCUGUCUGAAGGUUAUUGAUCCAGUUGCUCCCAGAUACACAGCUCUGUCCACCUCCUAUGUGGUUCCUGUUUCCGUCCCAGAGGCUACAGAGGAGAUGAAGGAAGUGGCCAAACACCCCAAGAACGCAGAGGUGGGCAUGAAGCAGGUUUGGUACGGACCCCGAGUUCUGAUUGAAGGAGCAGACGCUGAGACUUUCUCAGAGGGCGAGGUGGUCACCUUCAUCAACUGGGGCAACCUCAUCAUCACCAAGAUCAACAAAGGGGCGGACGGUAAGGUCGUGUCCAUGGAGGCUCGUCUGAACCUGGACAACAAGGACUACAAGAAGACAACAAAGAUCACAUGGCUGACCGAGACGAACAGCGCCCCACUCCUGCCCACCGUCUGCAUCAACUACCAGCCUCUGAUCUCCAAAGCUGUCAUCACCAAAGAAGAUGACUUCAAAGAGUACAUUAAUAAAAACAGCAAGUUGGAAGAGAAGAUGCUUGGAGAUCCCUGUCUGAAGAACCUGAAGAAAGGUGACAUCAUCCAGCUCCAGAGACGAGGCUUCUACAUCUGCGACCAGCCCUAUGAACCAGUCAGUCCUAACAGCUGUAAGGAGAGCCCCUGUGUCCUGCUCUACAUUCCUGAUGGUCACACCAAGGAGAUGCCGACUGCUGGAUCCAAGGACAAGAGCAAGAGCCAGACCACCAGCAAAACGCCUGCCACUCCCACCAAGGCUGCCCCAGCACCUGCCCCAGCACCUGCCUCAUCACCUGCCUCAGCACCUGCCUCAACCUCAGCUGGUGACCUGUUCUCUAGCAUUGUAGCUCAGGGUGAAGCUGUCCGCCAGCUGAAGACUGCCAAAGCCCCAAAAGAGGAAGUGGACAAGGCAGUAAAGCAGCUGCUUUCUCUAAAGGCUCAGUUUAAGGAACAGACAGGUAAGGACUACAAGCCAGGCAUGGCCGCUCCCACCGCUGCUCCAGCCGCGCCCGCCCCUUCAACAGACGCCACCUCUUGUCCAUUCACCCGCGUUGCCCAGCAGGGUGAGCUGGUCAGGAAACUGAAGUCAGAGCAGGCACCUAAGGACCAGAUUGAUGCAGCAGUGAAGCAGCUCCUCGCUCUAAAGGCGGAGUUUAAAAAGCUGACCGGUCAGGAGUACAAACCAGGGAUGGCCCCGUCCACUGCCGCUUCCGCUGCUCCUUCCCCUGCCACCAACUCUUCCUCUUCUUCUGGCCUUUAUGAGCGUGUUGCGCAACAGGGGGAGGUCGUGAGGAAACUGAAGUCUGAGAAAGCCCCCAAGGACCAGGUCGAUGCAGCAGUGAAACAGCUGCUCGCCCUGAAGACAGAGUAUAAACAGAUCACAGGCCAGGAGUACAAGCCUGGAGCCGCCCCAGCUCAGAAAACCCCCGCCCCUGCCCCAGUCCAAAACAGCUCCACCCCUGCCACUGCUACCACCGGGCUCUAUGAGAAGGUUGCUGAACAGGGAGAAGUGGUCAGGAAACUGAAGGUUGCAAAAGCCCCCAAGGAUCAGGUCGAUGCUGCAGUGAAGCAGCUGUUGGCUCUAAAGGCAGAGUACAAGCAGAAGACUGGACAGGAUUACAAACCAGGAGUGCAAGCCCCAGCUGCCCCUGCCCCAGCUGCCCCUGCCGCCCCUGCCCAAACCCAGUCCAACUCUUCUCCACAGGCCCAGGAGCUGUUCUCACAGGUGGCCCAACAGGGGGAGCUGGUGAGAAAGUUAAAGUCCGAGAAGGCCCCGAAGGAUCAAGUAGAUGCAGCUGUGAAGACUCUACUGGACCUGAAGAACAAAUACAAGACGCUCACUGGCGAGGACUACAAACCAGUGGCUGCUUCUGGAGCUACUGGGGGAGAGGAAAAAAAUCGCAAGGAGAAGGAGAACAAGUCUGAGAAACAGGGAGGAGGAGGCAAGAAGGGUAAAGGAGACAAGGGCGGUCAGGGCAAGGAAUCCUCAGGAGGAGCAGGAGGCUCAGGAGAGGGUCAAGGAUCCAAGAAACAAACACGGUUGGGCCUGGAGGCCAAGAAAGAGGAGAACCUGGCUGACUGGUACUCUCAGGUCAUCACUAAAUCAGAGAUGAUUGAGUAUUACGAUGUCAGCGGCUGCUAUGUGCUACGGCCCUGGGCCUUCUCCAUUUGGGAGGCCAUUAAAGACUUCUUUGACCGGGAAAUUAAGAAGCUGGGUGUGGAGAACUGUUACUUCCCCAUGUUCGUCUCUCAGGCCGCCCUCGAGAAGGAAAAGUCCCACAUUGCAGACUUUGCUCCAGAGGUUGCCUGGGUAACCCGGUCAGGAAAAACAGAGCUGGCAGAGCCCAUUGCUGUCAGACCCACCAGUGAAACAGUGAUGUACCCAGCCUAUGCUAAAUGGGUCCAGUCCCACAGAGACCUGCCAAUCAAACUCAACCAGUGGUGUAAUGUUGUGAGAUGGGAGUUCAAACACCCGCAGCCCUUCCUGAGGACAAGAGAGUUCCUGUGGCAGGAGGGACAUACAGCAUUUGCCACCAAAGAGGAGGCAGCUGAGGAGGUGCUUCAGAUCCUGGAUCUGUACGCCAGUGUGUAUGAAGAGCUGAUGGCGAUCCCCGUGGUGAAGGGGAGGAAGACAGAGAAGGAGAAGUUUGCAGGAGGAGAUUACACCACUACUGUGGAGGCUUUCAUCUCUGCCAGUGGCCGAGCCAUUCAGGGGGCCACUUCCCACCAUCUUGGCCAAAACUUUUCCAGGAUGUUUGAGAUUGUGUUUGAGGAUCCAAAGAGGCCGGGUGAGAAGCAGCUGGCUUUCCAGAACUCCUGGGGAAUCACAACCAGGACCAUCGGUGUCCUCACCAUGGUCCAUGGAGACAACAUGGGACUCGUAUUGCCACCUAAAGUCGCCUGCCUGCAGAUUGUCAUCAUCCCCUGUGGAAUCACUGCCUCCCUACCAGAGGAGGAGAAGGAGGCACUGUUGGCCCAGUGCUCGAAAUACCUGAAGAGGCUGCAGGAGGCUGGUGUCAGGGUGAAGAGUGACCUCCGAGAUAACUACUCCCCAGGAUGGAAGUUCAACCACUGGGAACUCAAGGGAGUUCCUAUUCGUCUGGAGGUUGGCCCUAAAGACAUGCAGCAGCGUCAGUGCGUCGCAGUGAGGAGAGACUCGGGCGCAAAGGUGACAAUUCCAGAGGCAGAGGUGGAGACGAGGCUGGUCGCCAUGUUGGAGGACAUCCAGAAGAGCCUGUUCAACAAAGCUUCAAAUGACCUGAAGACUCACAUGGUGGCUGCAGACUCUAUGGAGCAGUUCCAGAAAGAGUUGGACCAGGGCAAGAUCGUCCAGAUCCCAUUCUGUGGAGAAAUUCAGUGCGAGGAUUCAAUCAAGAAAACCACUGCCAAGGACCAGGACCUGGAGCCUGGUGCUCCAUCCAUGGGAGCUAAGAGCCUCUGUAUCCCCUUCUCUCCCCUGAAGACACUGCAGCCUGGUCAGGCGUGUGUCAACUGUAAGGAGCCUGCAAAGUACUACACCCUGUUUGGACGCAGCUACUGAAAACCUGCUCUAAUCUUAAAGGUGGAUGAACACUGUAGCUGAAAAGGGCUUUCUUACUCUUGUUUUCUUUUCUUUUUGAUCUCAUGUUGGCCUCUGGGUUAAUAGGAGGAGGUGGAGGAGACUGAACUGUGGAUUUAGAAUGGGAAUGUUGGUGUUUUUUGUUUAGUUUUUUUACAUAUGUUAACAGUGUCAUAAUACAUCUGAGAGGAAGUGGAGGUGAAAAAAUAUGCUUACUCCGUUAUGAGAGAAAAUGACUGUAGUGCCCUUACUCUCCUACUCUGUAAAGACAAUGUCAGAAAAACACUCACCAUCCAGAGGUGGUUCGUACAAAGAUGGAAAUUACCAACAGAGAGCAGACGCAUAAUAAAUCUUUUCUAUUGGGCAAGUUCGUCAACAUGUAAUGUGUCAUCUUAUGGAGUCCUAACAAGUAUGACUCGUGAAAUACUAAAAGCAGCUGGUGGAAUUGGAAAACCCUUUAUUAUUGAUAUUUUUUUUUAUAACUCCCUACUUAAAAUUUCUAAUUUAGCAUUCUUUUAAUAUGUUUUUGUCGACAUUAGUGGAUUGAGUGGGUUUAGGCCUUGUAAAAUGUGGCAAAAGUCAAAAAAAGAACAAGUACCAAUGAAAAAAAAUUUGCUUAGAGACAUUGUCGACUUUUGUAGUAAAGUACUCUUUGCCUGCCAACAGUCCCAUCUCUCGUAGCCAAACUGUCUCAGGAACUGUACAGGUACUCAGGCUUGUAGUUGGAGUGUUAUUCUCACAGCUUUUUUCAGCCCUCCUCUGUUUCUGUGACUGGUUACAGUAUGUGGCUCAUGGUUUACAGCUUAAUGAAAAUCCUUCAGAUCCAUCAAAGCCAAGUGAUGUAUAGCUGUGAUGAACUAUGUGGUUAAUAGCCAGUAAUGUAGCCUUCUGUCACAUCUCUCUGAAAGAACUCUACAAGUUGUCUAUCAUAAUAAACAAAUUUCCAUGGCAAA